GUGAUAUAAGUCGUUGGACUGCAGUGAAAAUCACCCCCCACGAAAGAAGAGUCUUAAAUGAAUGGAAGAGUCCCACUCCCCAAGAUCCAUCGAGAAAGCCUCAAGCACGUGCUCAUAGAUGAAUGAAAGUUUACUCAUAUAGUAAGAACGGGUCAAUCUGCCAAUUGACCAAUCCAUGAAGUGUAUGAACGAGUUGUCAUGGUCGGUACACAAUGCGCCGGAGUCGCUUGGUCGCUUCACCAUCAACUGGUCGACGGAGUGGUGCCGAAAAGGGCUACUGUUGGAUUUUUACAACAGUCCAGAAAGUGAAAGAGAUAAGGGCACUAUAGCCACUAUAACAUUGGACAAUGCCGGUGGUGGGAGUGAGUCGAGUGGCUUGCGGCCACUCGGAGUCAGUUGCUCUUAUGCUCGCCAACGACCAACAACUCACCGGGCUGACGCGCGCUGUGUUAUACCACUCCAGGAGUUGUUUAUUUUAAACCCCCGAUGGUAACACCACCCUUCGCCCCCGACAGUGUCUAUUUUCCUUGAGUUAAGUAAUAUUCAAUUAUUGAUGGACGAUGUGCGGGUCCAUUGCAGAAGUAUUUCGUAAAAGACCUGUGAAGUGAGUUCAUGAAUUUUGCAAGGUGAGGUGCAUUUAACGUGUGCCAGGAGAGGGAGAAAAAUGACAAUGAGAAGUUGAGGAUUUGUUAAGACUGCUUGACGGUUCUAGUGCGGCGUAAGAAAGGGGAGGAACGGGAAAAUUGUAUUAUGUUAGGAAAAGGAUUAUGUGUGAUAUUGAAGGUGCUGUUUUUGGCGCGAAGCGUGUUCGCGCUUCUGCCGGAGGGGCCCGAGGAUCAAUCGAUGAUUAUCAGAAAUUUGGAGGAAGAUUGCGCCGCUCGCUGUCCCGAUCUCGACCUCACUCAGAAUCGUACAGAUGACGUCAGUACCGAAGUGGGCUGUGGAGUUCGUUGUAAGAUAGACCAGUGUACGAAAGGUUGUGCAGCAUGGGAGCAGGCACUCGAGACGAGUUGUCAGUCAAUUUGCAAUGGCACACAAGAACUCCUGCCGCCGAAGGAGCUCUACUGCGUCCUGGGAUGCCACGACGCACUGAAUCGUUACUUUCAGCAGCUCAAAGCGGAAAUUGGCGUGCCACCGGCCCCGGCCCUCGUUGCAGACUCAUUGACAGCAACAUCUCUGAGACUAGAGUGGAAAGGUGUUGAUAUCAGAAGACGAGCAAUUGGUAUCUCGUACUUGGUCCAAUGGAGGUACGAGGAGCUGGCUGAGACGUGGCAGUACUGCAGAAACCAAUCGUGGGGGGAGGAUGAUCAGAUCUUAGUUGAGAAUCUUCAACCCUAUACCAAAUACAGAUUUCGCGUAGCAUUGCUAUUAAAAUCCUCCCAGCAUAAUCCUGAGCCGAUAGUAUCAGCUCCAAGUGUUGUCAUAUUGACAUUGGCAGCUGGUAGGCCGACCUCAGCACCGGUAAUUGUAAGAGCAGCAGCAGUAGACAGUUACCGUGUCUCUGUAUCAUGGGAACCUGGCCCAUUUCCCAAUGGUCCACUACUAUCCUAUGUAUUGCAAUUACAAGGGGCUAACAACGACUCCCUUAACAAGGAUAUUCCGGCACCUGACAAUACCGAUCACUACAUGUUUCAAAAUUUGAAACCAAAUCAAAAUUACUCGGUCAGUGUAUCCAUGAGGAAUGCUAUUGGCGAUGGACCACCAGCAGUUAUUUACAUCACCACACCAUCGGAACCAGCUGUGAAAGACACUCAACAGCCGAUUUUGAUCCUCGGCGGUGAGCACGUAGUUCUAAAACAAGGUGCUGACAUGUUAGACGAACCGAGUGUGAUAUACCGAGCAACAAGUAAAAUUCGAGGCGUUGCUAUUCACGUGGCCUCAGCCCAAUUAUUCUUAUCGGACUCAAUGGGCUACGUAUACCGAACCUCGAUAUUCGAAACGACCGAGCCACAAGUGAUCCUCCGUCCAGACCAAUCGAAUUUCAAGCCCCUUAGUCUCUCAGUGGAUUGGCUAAAUUCUCAUUUAUACAUUGUAGGUGAAGUUAAUCACGCAACAACAGUCUGGCAAAUUGCGAGAUGUACGCUUGAUGGUAGAGGUUUGACAGUGGCGAAGGCUGGAUUUAUGACACAGCCGUCCCACAUCGAGGUUGACCCGUACAAUGGCUAUCUUUUUUGGGUCACAAGGGGGGGACUAUUCCGAUUAGAUCUAGCGGACAUUAGCAAUGGAAUUAAGCACGAGGUUCAGCCUUAUUUAAUGCUGGAGGACAGGCAUCUUGGAGCCUUUACAGUGGACCACAGGAAUUUUCAACUUCUAGUUCCAGAUCAUACGAAGAACACCGUUAUUUCGGUGUCCUUGGACGGAAAGGAGAUCUUGAACCUUCGAUCGAACACUCAACAGCCGAAAUUCAAGAAUGUUCUGUCCCUGGCAAUGGCAAACGGCCUCUUCUACUGGACGAAUGGAGAGGAGGUGCUCACCGAGGGUUACCACGCGGGACAGAAGUUGUAUUUCCACAACGCCUACCCGGACAGAUCGGACGGCUCCUUUGUCAGUGUGAAUGUCCUUAUGGACGCCAGCCAGCCAGUUCCGGUUCCCGUGAAUCCUCCGACGGGAGUUCAGGCUGUACUGGGGGCUGAACGGGCCAAAGUCUCGUGGCAGGCACCCCACCUACUGGGUGGACAGGGCAAGGGCGCCUGGCAAAACUGGUCGUACGAGCUCGAGAUCAAGGACGAGAGCACUGGUCAUACUAUCAGACAACGGGAUAUCGCUGGCUCCUCUCACACGGUCAAGAACCUUCGGGAGAAGUCCGAAUACACGAUAAAAGCUGCUGCUUACACAAAGGCAGGCAGGGGUCCCUGGUCUUCGGAGUUUCGAGGGAAAACCCUCAGGGAGAACUCGUACGCCUCAAUUCUCUGGUCCGCUGAUGAGGGACUACUGAAGAGUGAUGUCACUGGGGAGAAUGUCCAGACGUUGAUUCACAGAGAGAGCCUCAGUGAUUUCGAUAGCGAGUAUCAUAUUGUCGACGUUAGUUGGUACAAAGAUAUUCUGUACAUUGUUGGGAACAAUUCGGCUUUGUAUAAAUACAAUAUAACGAGCCACCAGAAAACCAAGUUUAACAUAAACUCGGUUGGAAGUGUGGCUGUUGAUUGGAUAGCGAAGAAGCUCUAUUGGGCGAAUCCAAAGCAGCAGAUCAUAACAAGGGCUAAUCUUAAUGGAACGCACCAGGAGCCCAUGUCGAUCUUGGCAAUAGUUAAGGAGCUUAUAAUCGAUUCUCAAGAGGCUUACCUUUAUUGGUCGACCGGGCACGCAGUGGAGGUCGCCAGACUGAACGGCUUGGACAGGAGGUACUACCACUCUGACGAAAUAUUUAAUGGCAAACAAGUUAUGGGACUGACACUGGACACUGAGAAUCGUUACGUGUACUGGAUUGUCCGGAGUUAUGAGAGUGGCUCGAUAGUUUAUCGAGCCCCUACUUCGGAGAGGGUCCCAAUGAGCCAGAAGAUCACGCCCGAGAAGGUUUCCACCCUCCAGCACCCCAACAUGCAGGGCCCUUUGUGUUAUUUUUCGGAACACCUUCUCUGGCUGCAAGAUGACCGAAACGCAGUGAUCGGGGACUUGACUGGGCAGAAUACAGCUGUUAUCAAUGGCAUCAGCUUGAUAGGGAUCCACAUGGUCGCUGUGAUGGAUCCAGCACUUCAUCAGUACCCGGAGAACCUCACGCUGGAGACCAUCUCAGUCGUGCCAAAUGCAGUUGGACUGGACAGUAUCAGGGUGGAGGGCUCCUGGAGGAACUUCAGUGUCUCUUGGGCGCCCGUCACUAAUAUCAACUAUGGUACUGUCUUCUAUGAAGUCAAAUUCGCAGAUUAUAUCAACACAAAUUCUAACGCCGAAAUCACAACGGAGACUAGCUUGCCUUACAACAAUUCAGAUCAGAUCCUGCCUUAUUCUAUCCUAGAAGUCACUGUGAAGGCUUUUACUUAUUGGGGAACUGCCCCGCACUCCAGAAAAAUACUGAGGUCCCCUCAGAGCGUUCCGAGCCAGCCUACUAAUGUCAGGGCUUUUGUCGAACACUACAAAGCACCGACCAUUGAAGAUAUCGAUAUCUUCAUGACCUUCAGGUGGAAUCCCCCGGAAUUCCAGAAUGGCUUGAUCCAGGGGUACUCUCUCAAGUGCUGGUACAUGAAUAAUGGCGCCGAAAUUCACAUCUGUCAGGGCGUUCAAGUAGGGCAUAACACGAGGGAGUACAUCUCGCGCAAUUUGAAGCCAAACACGACGUACCGUUUUGAAGUUCAGGCGUUCACUGACAUUGGACCAGGUCCCUUCUCAGACUUAAUCGAAAUUUCUACUGAACUCGAGAUUCCAGUGCCUCAGCUUCUCAUUGCCACGACAGACUCUGUUAAAUUAGCUGAUUUGGAUCUGGGGAUUAACGAGACACUGACGAGACACAUUGCAGUCGAAGUGAGAUAUAUAACAGCUGAGAAUAAACUUUACUGGAUAAACGAGAUGCAGGAGAUUGUCACAGCAGACCUCAAGGGGAGAAACGCAACGAAAAUUCUGUCACUGAAUGGGACUGCGUCUAGUCUAGCUGUUGAUUGGGUGGCGAGGAACCUGUACUGGGCGGAAUCAUGUCGAAAAAUCGGAGGAAGUCAAAUAAUAAAGUUAGAUUUAAAUGCCUGGGAGGGUGGGAGCCUCGUCUUCGAGAGAAUAAUCACGAGUGAAAGAAGGAUAAUAAAUUUGGAGUUGUCUCCUUUGACCGGGGAUCUUUUCUGGAUCACGGUGACGGAGGGUAAUCAUGGGAUAAUUAUGCAGUCGGAUUUAUCGGGUGAUGACAUAAGACCUUUCUUCAAUCACAGAGAGGACUGCGGGUGUCCGGACCGACCUCCUGUGAAGGAUGUGAUGACAGUGGACAGUACAGAUCCCCAAAGCCCAGUGAUGUACUGGGUUUCAUUGGACGGGGGCUUAAACAUCGCUGACAUCGACGGCUGCAUCUGUGACUCUGUGGCAAAGCCUGGAUUUAACAGGGGACUUCCUCCUUCCUCGCUGUCCGCUGAUAAAUUUAAUAUUUACUGGUACAAUUGGGCUGAUGAUGAGAUUCAUUAUGUGAAGAAAAAUAAUCCUUAUCAGGAAGACGAGGACCAGAGGUACGAGCGAGUAUAUCUGGCAAAUAUCAAAGGACUGAAGGCCAUUGGCCAAUCCCUCCAACCGUACCCCGAGUUGGAUUGCUUGACUCCCUACCCAAUGCCCUACACUGUCUCAGAGGUGUCCAAGAAAGCUAAUAGCAUCACUAUCCGAUUACCCAGACCAGAAUCAGACCUGCAGUGCAAGAAGUACAAUCUACCAGGAGUUCAGUAUACAAUUUAUGUGUCUCUGUGCACAGAAGACACUGUCAACAACCAGAUGAUCUGCGAUAAUGAACGAAUGAAGAUUCAGACGUAUCAGAGGAAAGUAGAAGUGACGAAUCUCAAGCCAUUUACUUUCUAUAAAUUCACCCUGGGGUUGAGUAAUUAUUACACAGACCUGGAGGCUUCCAGUCUCCAACACGGCUCACCAGUGAUGCUGAGGACAGCACCUGGAGCCCCAUCGGCUCCGGAGAAUGUCACAGUAGAGGCAUUAACUCCAACUCUCGCUGCAGUUUACUGGUUACCUCCAAAGAUUCUAAAUGCUGCUGCUGUGCGUUAUGAAAUCCACUGGAGGUCUCAGAAGCUAGUGAACGGGGUUCGUCAGAAAGGAGAGCAGUUAAUCAAGAAUGCUGGAUUUUCGUCUGGAAAGUACUCAAUGACUCUCCAGCCUCUCAUACCAGGACAGGAUUAUGUCGUGAUCGUCAGGGCGUACCCAGCAGACUCAUCCGAUGUCUGGAGUGAGAGUGCAAGUCAGGUUGUCAGCAUGUACCCAGAGCCGAACAAUCUAACGCUGAUGGGAGCCAGUAUCAAUUCUCUGAACCUCUCCUGGACUCCAACUGCUCACCUAACAACCAGUUACGUCCUGCAGUUCACAACUGUCGGCCUAGAGAAAUGGCAGAUCGCGAGUGAUGUGGAAAUCCAAGGAAACAGAACAGUGUAUCACAUAAAGGGGCUUCUAUCGAAGACUUUCUAUAAAUUCAGACUGAUCCUGAGGUACCCGAAAUAUAAUCAGGAUUUUAUCUGGCCAACAGACGCCAGAUUCACCUUUCAAACUCUCGGAGAUGUUCCCAGCUCACCUGGAAUCCCCUCUGUCACGAAACUUCGAAAUUCAGUGUAUCAAAUCAACUGGGAACCUGCGCAAGCUCACGGCUCCCAGGUGAAGAUGUAUAGACUCCAAGGAAAGAUUGUUGGAGAGCCUGAUGAUCAUGAUAAGCAUGAGCAGUGGAUUAGUUACUACAAUGGCACGGAUAACUACUGGAUAAUUGCGGGGGAGAUGAAUCACAAGUACAGAUUCAAGGUCCAGGCGGAGAAUGCUUAUGGAUUUGGAGGAUGGACCCAGCCCAGUGCCAUAAUUGACCUGACUGAUACUAUUGGCACGACAGUGGCAGGUCAGCAACAUCUGGGGUUAGUUCUGGGCCUGAGUGUUCCAGUCGUGACAAUUGUCCUUCUUUGCUUCUGCUAUUUCCUCUGCUUGUACAACAAGCAGAGAAAGGAAGUAAAGAAAGCUAUUCUUCCACCAAUCGUUUCUGAUGUGGAGCUGGCCACUCUCAGAGAAAUUCCUCGAGGCAAUUUUGUACAGUCGAAUGCUCUUUAUGCCUCCUCAAUGCAACAUGAUCACGAUGACCUGUCCCUUCCAAAAAUUCGGAGGGAUCAAAUAGUGAGGAUAGCUUUCUUGGGUAGUGGAGCCUUUGGGGAAGUGCACAAGGGUGAGGCGAAAGGUCUUGAUGGCCCAGGCACUACCCCUGUAGCCAUAAAAACCUUGAGAAAAGGGGCCUCCGCUCAGGAGAAAACAGAGUUCAUUCAGGAGGCCAGACUCAUGAGCCACUUCAAGCACAAACAUGUGCUGAGAUUGCUUGGGGUCUGCCAGGAUAUUGACGGUCCCCAACUUGUGCUGGAGCUCAUGGAGGCUGGAGACUUGUUGACAUAUCUCAGGAAUAGUAGGAACUACGCCCCCACUGAUCCUCAAGCCCUGAGACUCCAGGAUCUACUCGCAAUGUGCGAGGAUGUUGCCAGAGGCUGUAGAUAUCUAGAAGAACUUCACUUUGUUCAUCGUGAUUUGGCAUGUAGAAAUUGUUUGGUCUCUGCCAAAGAUCGUGAGAACCGAGUCGUAAAGAUUGGAGACUUUGGUCUUGCUAGGGAUAUCUAUAAGAACGAUUACUAUAGGAAGGAGGGGGAGGGGCUGCUUCCAGUCCGUUGGAUGGCUCCAGAGUCCCUGAUGGACGGGGUCUUUACGACCCAGAGUGACGUCUGGGCCUUUGGAAUACUCAUGUGGGAAAUUACGUCGCUCAGUCAACAGCCCUAUGCUGCUAGGAAUAAUCUGGAGGUGCUGCAGUAUGUGAGGAAUGGAGGAAGACUGACCCAGCCUGAUAAUUGUCCCGAUCCACUCUAUGACCUCAUGCAGCGGUGCUGGAGCGAGGCUGAAGCCAGACCCAGUUUCAAGACUUGUUUGGAAAGAAUUAUAAUGCUCAAGAAAAAUACUCCGGAUGCCAUUUUAACUCCUGUCCAGGCGGGACAAUAUCCCAAUAGACGAGGCGUGUCUAACAUGGCUUACUUUGCUGACGAGAAUCAAAAUCAUAACAAUUCAGGGAAUUCAUGGAAGUCCAGUAGCUCCGAGGGCAGUCGCGACAUGAAACCCUUUCUCCAGGACUCAACAACAACGACUGCUACUCAAUUGUCCACAGAGGUGGACGUACCCAAGUACCUUGAGAUAAUCGCAGAUGCUCCUGGCACUAUUAGAGAGACUACAAUUGAUGAGUACGAGGUGCCAAGGUCGAUACCAAUAGGCAAUCUAGCCGGAAUAUCUUCCGAUGAUCGAAAACAUUUGGACAGCAUAUUAUCAAAAAUAGGAUCACUGAGUUCAGUAGCUGAUAAAAGCUUAACACUCAGUAAUCCCAGAUUAGUUAUAUCAACCCUGCCAAAUGAUUUGAGGGCAACAUUGAGUGAGAGAGCUAAAUUGAAGCGCAAAACCGAUGAGGGAACGGAAAUGAGCGCUGAUGAGAGGAAUUGUAAUUCACUCAGCUCAUCAAUCUCUUCCCUUCGUGGAGCAUUACCCACCACUAGGCCAAGUUCGUCUGUUCUAGAAUCUCAACAAAGUGUUGUAUUGAAAACUGACUUGAGUAGCGUUAGGGAUAAUAAUAUUAACGAGCCAAUAAUCACUGGCAAUUCAACAUUAAGAUUGCACAAGACCCACACGUUGAAUGGAAAAGCCAAUAUACCAUUAAGUCUAAAUAAUCCACUGUUGAAUUUAUUGAGACAGAGCUCUGGUUUUGAUGACUCUGGUCUCAAUAUCGUGACGUAUACAAAUGUAAAUAACGAUUCAACUAGAGUCAAUUAAUCCAGAAUAACUCGAUAAUGUGCCUUUUUUUCAUUAUCAUUUACGAGUCUACUGUCACUUUGCCACAUUUUAUUUAUGUAAAAUUCUAGGGUAAGCAGUUUUCAUCCUUAUAACUCCCACUGUAUUUAUUAAAUGAGGCUGGAUUUAUAUUUAGUUUGUUAAUUUUUAAGAGCAAACGUAUUUAUUUUCAUCGUAAAUUGUAUAAAUUUGUUAAGUUUUAUAUGUAAAAAACAAAUCAAGACACAAAUUUGAUAUUAUGAGAGUUGUACUAUAGAUAGGUUUUUACUAAGCCAAUAUUCAAAUUUGGGAUCAAAAAUAGAUUAAGAUUUUUAUAAUGAUGUAUAUAAUUUCAGAAAAAUUAUGUAAAUUUAUUGUAGCCUUCAUUUUUUCUAAAUGACGAAGUAUUUUAUCUAUCUUCAAAUUGUUAUUUUACAGUGAAUGUAGAUUAACGUCUUCCUAAUGCGCUCAGUUUUGUAAUGGUCAUGACUUACUGUAAUGUACAUAGAAAAUAAUUGUUGACCAAAGAAUAAACAUUUGUCAGUUAAUCA